CCACCAGCACACCUGGAGAGGGAGCCACCUUAAAGAAGGUUACAGGAGAGGUCAGAAACCCAGAUGCCACAGCAGAGCUCCCUGUAGGGAUAGGGUCUGCUCCAGGAGGGGCCAGGCAGCAGCUGGUGGACACUCACAUGGAGCCCUCUCCACUGCAGCUUCUUCACUCACCAGAACUGGAGCCUGCCAGGAGCACUAGGAGUCUGUUGGCUUUGGCUGUGGGGAAGCACGGAGAGCUUUCUCCCAGCCAAGGAGCACAAGAUCCACCUCUUCCCCAGUCCUGUCCUAUUUACACCUUCCCCUGGGGCAGAGUCCCAGGUGAAGAAGAUGCUGGGGAAGCCUAGCUGGGUCAUCAGCAUCACAUGUGCUGGGAGCCAAAUCGCAUUCCUGAGGUCCCCCUCAUCCCUGCCACCCCUUUCCCACUGGGGAGGAUGUCCCUCAGGAGCCAGACAGGGACAGGUUUCCAACUCUGUGUUUGAUGAGGUGCCAGACAUGAGAUCCCAGACACUGCCCUGGCUGCUUCCAGGAGACAUCAGCAUGGGCCAGACCAUGCCCAUUAGUAAUUAAUAAUCACUCAUUUAACCCUGCGUGGCUGCUGAAGGCGAGCAGCUGGCUAGGCGUCCCGGGGGCCCCUCGGCACACGCUGUGCAGGCGUUCAGGCAGCUUGGGGCCCUGUGCCAAGGGUGCUGCAAGGGGUGCUCGGAGCGGCAGAGGAGGCAGCAGGGGAGGCAUUGCACCUGCCACCCAGACUGGUGUGCCUCACCGUGCUCCACUUUUUGGUGCCCUGAGCCUCUGCUUUUCUUACGAGUGGGUAAUUUUGGAGCCUGCUGCAGCAGCUGCUGCCCCUGGGAGCCCAGAGGGUCCUGCGUAAGCAGAUCCUUGGCAGGAUCUGCUCCUGUUUCACCUCCACAGAGCUGCAGGGUUUUGUGGUUCCUCCCCACUGCCAGCACCUGCCUGCCAGGCUGGGUGCUGCUUUGGGGGGGACCCAGCAGAUUGAGAGCCCAAUUCCCGCCUCACUGGAUGGAUACUGAGUCAGAGGAACAGCUGAGGGUGCAUCAUCCUCCACUGCUCCUGCACCCUCUGCCGUGGGGUCACCCUCUCCUCCCAGGUCCCUGGCCAGGGCUCUCCGGCACCCUUUGCCGCUGUAGUACCAUGCUCUGGGGAUGGAUGUGUUUCUCAUGUGUGGCUGCACCAUCCCAUCACGCCCACGCUGGGACACACUAGGCAGAGGUGUUUACACUCAGGUUUUUCCUCUUCACUCUGUACAUCCAUGGUGAGGCUAAACGCUGAGCAAUGGCACCUCCAGCCCAGAUCUGCCAAGCAGCAAAAUGUAUUUGUUUUGGCAGAUCCAGUUUGCACCACUGGAAAACCCCAGGCGAGGGCAGGGUUAGUAGUGAGUUAAUGUUUGACUCCUUUUGAAGCUCAUUUCAGCAUGAAAAGUUUAAGGGUUAAGCAGCUUCACCUUCCCUGCACAGGGAGCAGCACAGUGGGGGAAACCAGGUCCCGAGCAUCUUCGCUGAUGCUGGGGUAAUUGGAUCCCACAGGUCCUGUGCGUCACUGAGCGGCUGUCGCCCAACUUGAGAUCCUAGCUGAUAAAGGCUUAUCCUAACAGAUUGGGGCUGGCUAAUGAGCUGGUGGCUAUGAUUAUCUCCCGGCCUUGGGAUCUGUGCAAACUGCUAGAGAGGCUGCGCAGUGACCCCUUGCCAUUGCCCCAACUCCCAAGGCAACAGGGCAUAUCCUCAUAAGUCGGUCCUGGGCCCUUUUCCCAGAACACGGCCCCCAGUUUGCCUGGACAAGGGGUGAGGAGGGGGCCAGGGUGCUGCCCCCGCAGAGGCGCAGCUGGCUGGAAAUCCCCUGCUUGCUGGAGCGAUGCAGAGAGCAGAGUGGCUUCCCGUGCCGCCCUGAGUGGCUAUGGUAGGGUGGCUGCAGGCUGUUAGGGUUAGGGUGAGCACAGCCCUAUGCCAGCUGGACCACGAGCUCCUACCUGUCACCCCUCUCCCUAAACCAGGUCUCCCCCAGCUCCCGGUGCUCGGAGCCGCAGAGCUGGCAUCACCGCUCCUUCUCAUGCCAGGCAGGGAGAGACUCUGCAUCAGCCUUGGCUCCGUACCCAAAGCAGGCGCAGGUGUGGAGGGCUCUGCCCAGGCAUAAAGAGGCUGAGGACAGGCUCAGUAAGGAGAGCAAAUCCCUGCCAGCACGGCCAGACUGGACAACCCCAUGCAGCUCCUUGAGCCCUCUGUGCCAUGCGGCUGCACCCCAUCCCCAUGCCAUGUGGCCAGACCCUCACCCCAUUUCCUGCAGGAAAGCCCGGCGCUGGGUGCUUUGCAGCUGCUGAUUCAUUUCAAGGCUUCGCAGCCCCGAGUAGCCCGCUGGCUCCUGCAAGCCUCCUCUCUCCUCCACACAAGAGGAUGCCCCGUGUCCCCGCCCGCGGCCUCGGCAGAGAAAGGGAAAGCGAAAGCGUUCGAGGCGGUUUCCCUUUCGUGGCCGCGAUGGCGGGGCCGGGAGCGCCCAUGCGGCUGAAGGAGUGGCUGGUCGCGCAGAUCGACAGCGGCCGGUACCCGGGGCUGCGCUGGGAGAACCGGCACCGCACGCUCUUCCGCAUCCCCUGGAAGCACGCAGCCAAACAGGACUACCGGCAGCACCAGGACGCCGCGCUCUUCAAGGCCUGGGCUGUCUACAAGGGGAAGUACCACGAGGGGACGGACAAGGCUGACCCCUCCACCUGGAAGACUCGUCUCCGCUGUGCCCUCAACAAGAGCACCGACUUCCAGGAGGUGCCCGAGAGGAGCCAGCUGGACAUCUCUGAGCCCUACAAAGUGUACCAGAUUGUGUCCGACAGCGCCCGGGAUGCAGGGCUCAGCAGGUUUUCCUUGCUCUCUGCAGAGAAGGAUGGUGACACGCGGUCGCCAGCCAGCGAGCAUCAGCAGGGCAGCGAAACAGGGAGUCCGGAGGAGGAGAGGCAGAAGGUGGAGAUGAGCCAUGUAUCUCCACUGCGCCUGCUUUCUGCCCACCCGGCCGAGCAAGGUUACCAUGUGAGGGGAGUUUUCUAUGGCUGGAACCCGACCCACGGCCACCUUCUCCCCGGACCCCAUUCCUACCUCCCCGUGGAGGAUGUCAACCACUCAGACUGCUGGCUCCACAUCCGCCUCUACUAUUGCGACGUACUGGUGAAGGAGGUGACCACGCGCACGGCCGAGGGCUGCCGCAUCACCUCCCGCGCUGUGCCAGCUGACAGCGAGCACCUCUACGGCCCCUCCUGCAUGGAGCAGAUUGAGUUUCCUUCCCUGCGGGCGCUCAGUGGCAGCAGCCGCGUGGCUGGCAUGACCGAUGUGCUGGAGCGGCUCCUGCCCCACCUGGAGCGUGGCGUGCUGCUGUGGGUAGCGCCUGAGGGUGUCUUCAUGAAGCGCCAGUGCCUCGGCAGGGUGUACUGGAACGGGCCACUGGCCCCGCACAGGGACUGGCCCAACAAGCUGGAGAGGGAGAAGACCUACAAGCUGCUGGACACGCAGCAGUUCCUGCACCAGCUGCGGGGGUACCUGAGCCACGGGCAGCCUGCACCACAGUACCAGAUCCACCUCUGCUUUGGGGAGGAGUUCCCCACCAGUGCCGGGCACCACUUCCAGAAGCUCAUCAUGGCCCACGUGGAGCCGGUGUUUGCGCGGGAGCUCUUCCAUCAUGCCCAGCGCAUGGGACCAAUGCUGCUCCGUGAUUCCCCGCAGCCCUGUGCCCCCGGUGCCUCAAGCCACAUUAUCCGUGUCCUCAAACAGCUCUGCCAGCCCUGAGCCUGAGUGCGGGAGAGGAGAGCCCAGUUGUGACAAAGCCUCAGAGCAGGAUGCUCUGGCGCAGUCCCUGAGCCGGUGUGCACAGGGUGCUCAAUGCCGCAGGGCGCGGGCAGGCGCUGGCUGGGAUGGGUGGCCAGCUGCCACCAUGCACACGUCGCUGUGUUUAUUCCCUGGGAGUCAUCCGGGCAGGAUUUGCUGUGUGCUUGUUUGGUGGGCCGGGGCAGAGCCAGCACCAUCCUGGUGCCUUGUGCUGCCAGGCCUCCCCGGUUGUGAACC